AUGGGACCUGUACCGCGAACAAAGAACGCGACAGCUGUAUUGCUAGCACCGACCGCUGCAAUGGAGCCCUCCAACCCCACGAACGCGCCAGACGUAGAUGCCAAUGCCGACACUUUGAUGGUGGAUGCGCCAGCAGCAGACACACAAGACGGCAGUCGGUCAACUCAAGAUACAAAGAAGCGCAGACGCAAAGAGAAAGAGACGCACACUCUCCACCAAACCACUUUUCGCAAACCAGCAUGGUCCUACUUCCACCUCAUCCUCGUCACACCAGGCACAGCCGUCCAACAACCCUCAAACUCCACCGCUUCUUUAGAAACACACAGCAUUGACGCUCUCACUGUCUCUGCCCUCCUCUCCCAGCCUCUCACGGCCUACCUCGGUGCCACGGGCUCCGCUAUACCCAUCGAUAUCCUGCACACCCACAGCCGGAGCGCAUACAUCCGCAUACCAAGACAAGACGCUCAAGCAUUCCAAGCAGCACUCAGUGGAUGGAUUGGCGGGUGCGAUGCGGGGAGCGUGCCUGGCGUCGAAGAGGGGGGAGGGAGGGUGAGAGUAGCGUGGAGGUUUGUUAGCAAAGGAGGGAGUCUGGGCCUGUUAAGAGGCGGAGGGGACGAGGUUUUCGGCACGAGUGAAGUCGCGUACUGA